CGCUUCGUUUUCUUCAAUCUGCUGCCGGACUCUUCGGUCACCACUCCCCCCGCCCGAGUCCAUCCUUCACGAAGCCUGCCGCUGCUUAAACGUGGAGGGAAGGACACGGAGAGGGACGCUCGCCGCUAACUGCGCGGGGUUAUUGUUAGUCUGUUAAAAUUUACGGCUCUAUCGACAUAUUAAGUGCAUUUUUACCUCAGCGCUGCACCGAAAGGGAGGGACUGUUUGUUUCUCCGAGAGUCUUCAACAACAGAACCGGCGGUUGGAAGGAUAUUUAAAGUGUUUGAGAACUGGCCAAUCAAGACAAGUGUGAGCCCCUGCACCCUGUACGUCAACGUCCACACUAAAAAAAAAAAAAAAAAAGAUUUAAGGAGGGAAUGAAACCGGAUGGGGAUACCAUGGAAACCACGGAGCCCACUGAAGUUGCAGCAGUAGCAGAGCCCUCCUUGUCGCAGGACAACACAACAGAGCAAGCCCCAUCGCAACCGGAGGGAGCUGCAAAUGAUGUAGCCCCCGAGGCUGCUCCAAAGUCCAAUGGCAAACCAGUGGCAGCAGACUCCAAAGUCAAACCAAAAGGUGUUUCAACUAAAAUACAGCCAGCAGCCAAAUCUGCAGGGGCCUCCGGAUCACGGCCAGGUAUUUCCUUGCACCGCACGGUGAGCGACGUAAAAUUAUCUAACAAUGUCUCUGCAACUGCAGUCAAGAAAAAUGCAACCACAACAAAAGCAUCAGCAGUGGGGGCUGUGCCUAAAAGACUGGUGGGUGCAGCAGCUGCAGCUUCCUCCACAGUCAAGAACCAAUCUAGAGUGCCUGACAAGAAGCCUGUUGGACCGGCUAGGACUACCUCCGUUGCUGCUGCCACAUCAACGGAUGGUACCAAACCAACAACAGUGAAUGGCACCCCUAAGAAGAGACCAGUAGCUGAGACUGUUAAUGUAGCUAGACCCAAAAUCACAACUACUGCCAGCAGAGCAGCAGCGUCCACUGCCCCAAAACCCAGCACUUCGACCACGACAAAAGCUGUUGGUGCAACGACAAAAGCUGUUGGUGCAACGACAAAAGCUGGUGGUCCCGCUCUUUCAAAGACCACAAGGCCUACUACAGGUCCCCCAACAUCUCGACCUGCAUCCACCACAUCCAGGCUCACCACAGAUGUCGUCAAGCCCUCCACCACUGCAACUGCCAGAACCUGCUGCCUCUAGAGUUACCACAGCACCCUCUACUGGCAGGACCACAGCAGCACAGCCUCCCAGAGCUGUUGCUGCGAAGAAAGAUGUCAGUCGACCACCUUCUGCUGCGGUGGCAAAGAGACCUACAACGGCUACAGCAUCCACUUCUACCAAAAAACCUGAACCCUCUCGACCCACAGCCACAGCAAAGCUCAACUCUGCCUCCAAAUGGUCCACAACAGCCAAGGCAGGAGACCCAAGGCAGGAGACCCCAAGGUAGGAGACCCCAAGGUAGGAGACCCCAAGAUAGGAGACUCCAAGGUGUCACAGACCAAAACUCAACAACCUGCAAAAUCUACCCCCCCAAGGAAACCUGUAGCUGCUUUUCUGUUCCAUGCCCAAAACAAACAGCCCUUUGGUCGAACCCCACCUGGCUCUCCAGCCAACAAACCUGCAAACUGCGGCACCUCUCAGGCCAAACGUGGAACCAAACCCACUCAAACUGUCCCACCUUUCACUGCCACCAAGAAGACAGGGGUUUCAAAUGCUACCAAACCUGCUGUAGGAGCACAGGGUGCUGCUGGUGUAGCUGCUGGUGUAGCUGCUGGUGUAGCUGCUGGUGUAGCUGCUGGUGUAGCUGCUGGUGGAGCUGCUGGUGUAGCUGCUGGUGUAGCUGCUGGUGUAGCUGCUGGUGUAGCUACUGGUGUAGCAGCGGCCACAGCUCUUGCAGAAGAACAAACAUCACUUGCUGUCUCUGCACCAGAGGAGGUCCCUCCUCCAAUCUUGGCCCAGGAUACCACACCAGAUGUGGUGCCUCAAGAGACUGCUCAAAGACAUGCAGCUGUUUCCUCUCCUCCACAAAGCCCUGAAUGGACAGCCUUACCACAAACUUCUCCACCCCAGGAGCUGCUAGAGAACAGUGCUCCUUUACUGACGACGCAGGAGCAGACCCCUGCCCCAUCUGAGCCACCAGUGGCCUAUCCUCCAGAUUUCUGUGAGGAGCCUGUUCACCUGUUACCUGACCAAACCCCCUCCACAUCUAAAACCCUAGAAGCAGCAGCAAAUGCUAUCUCUCUGAAAGUUCCUCCCACCAAUCUAAAUGAGGAGGAGGAUGAAGAGGAGAGGGAAGGAAGCCAGCUGGUCUCUGUGUCUGAAAUGAGUGGAACCACGCAGCCCACAGAGGAAUCUCGCCCUGGCUCGGCUGGACCAUUAGGAGGGUCUGCUUGGAGGGCCGGCGGCGCCCUGCUUUCUGAGCUGGACUCUGAGGAGGUAAGCGGCAGCCAGCAGGGUGCGUCUGAGCUGAGCGCCCCUGGUGUCCUGGAGGGCACAGAGAGCAUGGACGAUCUGGGAGACGGCAGUCUCAAAGGAGCCAUCGACAUGGAAGGAGCCUCAGCAGGUUCACCUGACUUUGAGAAGGUGCCCGACAUACCGGUUAAUGACUUUGAUGAAGACUACUUUGACGAUGAUCGGGUGUGUGACAUGGAUGUUGGCUCAGAGCGGGCGGAUGAACCGCAGAGACCCAGGCAUGACAAUGAUGUGGAUGAUGAUGAUGAGGAGGAGGAGGAGGUGGAAGAAGAGGAGGAUGAUGAAGAUGUGGACAUGGCAAGUGAGGGUGUGACAGAGAGUGGGCUGGAAAGCUAUGGGAAUGCAGAUGAGGAUGACUUUGCUGAGGAUGAAAGGCUGGACAACUUGAACAGAGUGGCUGAGCCUCCCCCUCCUCUGCUGCCCUCUGCCCCUGCUGCUCAGUGGGAACAACAAAACCCCUUUACAGAUCCUUGGGCAGAACCUCUUAAUCAGCAGCUUCUUGAGCACGUCUCCCAACCCGCACAGGUAGCAGGAGCAACCGCAGCUAGCCCUUUGGCUGAAGCCUGGCAAGCAGACUCUGCGACUCCAACUCAAAACCCAGCCCAAGCUUGGCUAGAACUUGGCUCUGCUCCUUUUGUUCCUGAAAACCAAGAGGUUCACCACCAUUCCUCUGUCAAAGAUGAGCCACAAAAUCUAGCCCCAAUGCAGACCCCUGCCCCAGCGCUUCUCUCUGCCCCUGGAAUGUCUCUGUCAAGCACCCUGAGCAGCGAGACCAGCACACCCGAGGAGCUCUGCGACAAUCGAGACGGGAUGCUACAGCCUCAGGAUGUGCAGGCCCCGGGGCUUUCCCUACAGCCUGAGCUGGACCGGGAAGGAGAGGAGGAAGCUGAAACGCUGCCUGCUGAUGAAGUGCUAAGAGACCCUGCAACUGCCCCAACUUCAAACGCCUCCUCGACCUCAGUAACAGAAGACGAGGCCAGCGACACAGAGGGAGAGGCUCAGUUGGAUGAUUCCUUGGAAGCGCCACUGCUCAACCACAUAACCUUUGACAGCCAGUCGCCAGCCCAACGCUGCCUGUCCACCGUGGAAGAGGGAGAGGAGGCCGACGUGGGGGGUGGUGCCGGUGAAAACACAACCCCACCUUCGGCCACAUCGUUGGCGUCUUAUGGCUUUGACACCAUGACCACAGCUUCAAAUUCUAACGCCCAGUCGACAGGGGAGAGCUGCAUCUUUUCACUGGAAGAGCUGCCGGAGGAGGCCAAGGAGCCGUGUCUGAUCCCCCAGCCGCACACCCAGCCAUGCCUUGCAGAGCAUCAGUACAUCGAAUGUGGGAAGCAGAAAGGGGAUUCUGCUGAGCCUGUGGAGCACUGUCGGGGGAGAAGUGCCGGGGCCCGAGGAAGCCCCGGACUCUUCGUCAAAUCUGACCACUUUGCAGCAGCCAGAGGAAAACCCAGAUGACGUCCAGCCUCCCUACUAUUCUGCUAUCUGUGAAAAGACUGAGAACUCUUUUGCAGGUAAUGUAUAGUUCAUCAUCUCCCUAACAGCCCAAGUAAUGACCCUUAACUCCCUCUGGCCCCCGCUCCAGCAUCCCCACAAUAUCUCACUGUUGUAGAUCUUGUAAUCAGUGUUUGUCCUGAAAUCUCUGGGGGUGGACGUAUAAAGUUAAACAAAAAAAAACAGAGAGCAAAAAAGGGAAAAAAUAAUAAGAGGACAGCAGUGGCACUUCCCUCUGAUAUAACGUUUCCAUGAUGAGUAUAUGGCUUAAAUUCCUGUAUGUGCAAUAGCUACUACUAUUUACUCCUAAUGUGUGAGCGUGCCUGAGUUUUGUUUUCAGUUUUUACUUAACGCAGAAUUAUGUGGUUGCCCUGAACUGGCAUGGAUUUGACUCUUAAAGAGGGAAAAUUAAACUUAACAAAAGAAAUAUGGAAUGAAGUGUUUAACAUGUUUUCAUGUGUAUUUAUCCUAAUACUUUUUUACUGAACAAAACUGAUAACGGACUGUGUUUUUGAUUGUAUAUUCCUGUUUGAUUUCGCUCUCCUACCUUUAUGAAACAGGCAAUCUUCCUUAUCCCCGAUCACUCCUCCUCUUUUCUUGCACUUUAAAUUGUACCCCAGCUUUUUCUUGUGUUUAUCCAUGUUUUGGAGUAAUGAAAACUUUGAAUAAAGAUUAGAUUUUUACCAUGAUG